AUGCUGCUUCGUAAAGUGAGCCAGUCCUCCGCACUGUGCGGCUCCAUUCUCAGGAUUCCUCCCGUGCUGUCUGGAGGUCAGCGUCAUGCCGGGGCUGUUGUUGCAGUGCAAAAUGUCCGUCUCUACGCAAGCCAAGCUGCCGAGGCGGUGCUGGAGAAGCCUGCAGCAGUUGGCAGUGACACUGCCGGUAAAGUGGAAAUGAAGACGGUUGCUGCUGAAUCCAAAUCAUUUGCAGUCAACAUUUUCAAGGGGCAGAUAGCGACUGCCCAAGUGUUCCCCUACCCCUCAGCCCUGAAUGAGGAGCAGGAGCAGUUUCUUCGGGAGCUUGUGGGGCCUGUCGGUAAAUUCUUUGAGGAGGUGAAUGAUCCUGCCAAGAAUGAUGCCUUGGAGAAAGUAGAAGAUCACACCAUGGAGGGCCUGAAGGAGAUGGGUGCCUUUGGCCUACAGGUACCAGCUGACCUGGGUGGCCUCGGGCUAUCAAACACACAGUAUGCCCGGCUGGUUGAGAUUGUUGGCAGUCAUGACCUGGGUGUUGGCAUCACUCUGGGGGCCCACCAGUCCAUUGGCUUCAAGGGCAUUCUGCUUUUUGGGAAUCCAGCCCAGAAGAAGAAGUACCUGCCUAAGCUUGCCACGGGGGAGCAUUUAGCCGCCUUCUGCCUAACUGAACCUGCCAGUGGCUCUGAUGCUGCCUCCAUCAAAACCACAGCUGUUCAGUCACCCUGCGGAAAGUACUUCACUCUCAAUGGAAGCAAGAUCUGGAUCAGCAAUGGAGGUCUGGCGGAGAUCUUCACAGUUUUUGCCAAGACACCCAUGAAGGAUCCCAAGACUGGAGAGAUGAAGGACAAGAUCUCCGCCUUUAUCGUGGAGAAGAGCUUUGGAGGAGUGACACAUGGCCCUCCAGAGAAGAAAAUGGGCAUCAAGGCUUCCAAUACCGCAGAGGUCUAUUUCGAUAAUGUUCGCGUGCCAGCUGACUGCUUGUUGACUGAAGUGGGUGGAGGUUUCAAGGUGGCCAUGAACAUUCUGAAUAACGGACGCUUUGGCAUGGCAGCCGCCCUCUCCGGCACCAUGAAGGGAGUCAUCACCAAAGCUGUGGAUCAUGCAGCCAACAGAACCCAGUUUGGGAACAAGAUACACAACUUUGGAGCUAUCCAGGAGAAGAUGGCUCGCAUGACUAUGCUGCAAUAUGUCACUGAGUCAAUGGCCUACAUGAUCAGCGGUAACAUGGACAGUGGAGCGACUGAAUUCCAAAUAGAAGCUGCCAUCAGCAAGAUCUUUGCCUCUGAAGCAGCAUGGACAGUGACUGACGAGUGUAUUCAGAUUAUGGGCGGCAUGGGUUUCAUGAAGGAUGCUGGAGUGGAGAGGGUGAUGAGAGAUCUGAGAAUCUUCCGAAUCUUUGAGGGCACCAACGACAUCCUGAGGCUCUUUGUGGCCCUUAAUGGCUUCCAGAAUGCUGGUAACCAGUUGAAGAGCUUACAGAAGGCCCUGAAGAACCCCAUUGUCAAUGCUGGGUUGCUUGCAGAAGAACUCACAAAGAGAGCCAAAAGGAAGGCCGGUUUGAGCACAGGUCUGACACUGCAGGGAAGUGUACAUCCUGAGCUGGCACAGAGCGGCGAAUUGACCACUAAAGCCAUUGAACAGUUUGGAGCAGUCAUCGAGGAGCUGCUCAUCAAACAUGGCAAGAAGAUCAUUGAUGAACAAUUUGUCCUGAAGAGAGUCGCAGACACUGCCAUCGACCUUUACGCCAUGGUGGUGGUCCUGUCCAGGGCUUCACGCUCUCUGAGUCAGGGAAAUGCCUCAGCUCAGCAUGAGAAGAUGCUAUGUGAGACCUGGUGUGUGGAGGCCCAUGAUAGAAUAAUGCAAGAUAUCAAGAGGCUGCGCUCCAGUCAGUCCAGGCAGCUCUUCAAGAACUUGCGGGCCAUCUCUUCAGCCGUGGUGGAGAACGGAGGAGUGGUGGCUCCUCACCCUCUGGGUUUCUAAACCACCACGCUCUUGUAUUGUCAUGUUGGUUUUCGUUUCUUUUUUCUGCAUCUCUAACCAGGUUCAGUGUCAUGUAUGCCAAGUCCUCUCAGACUUACUUAUACAGAUUUAUUAUAGCCAUAUGUGCUCCAUCACACAUUGGUACCCCAGUAUGUGCUUUGUGUUAAUAAGCUCAUAUAGUGAGUUGCAUUACUUUGGGCCAAAUUAAUUAUUGGUUUUACACAGAAAUCACAGUUUAAAACCUAUUGUUUUGUUGUACUGCUAUCUUGAUUGCAAUCAAUUGUAGUGUCUGUGUGAACCUGUUUUUCUGUCACUUUAAUUUGUGACUCAAGCCCUCUGGAAUUUGUGCUGGAUCUAUUAUGAAAUAAAGAUGGCUUAAAAUUGGUCAGGACAGAUGGCUCAAUAGGACAGAAAAAUUACGAUUUCCACAAAUAAUUCGGCCCUACUACCAUCUGACAAAUAAAUAUGUCAAUGCAACUUUGAGAUCGAGGCCAGUUAACAAUAGAAGCUUUAAACUUAAUUGGUUUAUAGGGAUUUUAAUUCAUACACAAACUAGUGCAGUGCUUGUUGAAAAUGGGCCUGUUUGUAACAGUCCAAUUGCUUGGCUUGUGGUAUUCCUGCUUGUAGAAUUCUUCAAAACCAAAUUAUAGCCCAAAAUUACUUAUAGAAGGAACCCAAACCAAUUAAGAUUCAACUACACUGUAUUGCCUACUACUGACUUGCAGUGUAGACUACGUUUACAUCAGCGGAAGACAUUGCACUUCUAUAUUUAUCUGACAGAGAACAUUGCAGAUUCAGAAUGUAAUCACAAUGAAAAUGUGGAGUAAUCAGACGUUAUAAGUAAGUUAGCAGUAGACUUAAUCAACCCAACCCAAGGUGAGUCUGAUGAAAACUGCUGUUUCUGCCUGGUUCAGCCUUCAGGUAUGUGUUCAGAAGUGAAUGUAAGCUGUUCUGUAAAGCAUUCUGCAUGUGUGACGUGCAGGUCACCUUAUCCCCAAACACGGACACACAUACAUACAUACAUACAUACAGACAUACAGAUACAUUUUGCUUUAUUAGAUAGAUGUGUUUUACAUAGUGAUCAAAUGUAUAUAACAGUGUGAUGUUUAUGUACUUGAAUGCCUUUCUGCAUGGUAAGCUUAUCAGUGCUCAUCACAGAAACAUAAUGUCAGGAGGAGCAAUACCUUUGCCUUAGAAACUAGUCCACAGAUGCUGUUCAAAGUUCCUAUUCUGACUGGAGUCAAACAAAGCGCUUUAUAAAAAAAAGAAAAAGUGCAGGUCAACCUUACUGUUUAGUAAUGCCGUCACUAGUGUUCGAAGUGCAAGUGUUAAUUUGCUUAGAUAAAGGUAGCAGGCAUUAUUAACUGUAAUUAAAUUAUAGCUAAUUAACCGUCAGUCUGCAUAUCUGGACUUUUAAGAAAUCAUUUUUUGUACAGUAAAAUGCACUUAUUGGUUUGUUAAUCUGCUGUUUCAAAUGAUUCAUUAAAGUUUAGUUUGGACUGCACAUUCUUGCCUUUCUAUAACUCGGACCUUUUCAGUCAGGAGUCAGUUUGGUCACUUAAUGUUCAUUGUGUGGAUUUAAUAUGAUCACAUGCUUUUGUUAUCUAAAACAUAAAGCCUCAACGGUUGUAGUCACACUAUUUGUACAGAUCUACUUUGAGGUUUUUGGUUAAACAACACAUUGGAUUAUUAUUUGGAUCAAUAAAUAAAGUAUCCAUUCAUCUGUC